GGAGACAUUUUAACCAGUACAGAGUGAUGGCGAUUCAUACGUCGCUGAUACUGAAAGUUGUGCUAUCUUUGUUAUCAUGGAAACUAGUCAUAUCGUCUAAACAACCUAAUAUCAUUUUCAUUCUUGCUGAUGACUUGGGAUGGGAUGAUGUUAGUUUCCAUGGUUCUCAUCAGAUUCCAACACCAAACAUUGAUGAGUUGGCUUACAGUGGUGUGUUAUUACAUAACUACUAUGUACAACCAGUGUGUACCCCCACAAGAGGAGCAUUGUUGACUGGUAGAUAUCCUAUGCAUUUAGGUUUACAACAUUUUGUCAUUACCCCUAAUGAACCUGUUGGAUUACCUUUAAAUGAAACGACUUUGCCGACUUACUUAAAAAAAUUGGGAUAUUCUACACAUAUGGUUGGUAAGUGGCAUCUUGGAUUCUUUGCUAAAGAGUACACACCUACUUAUCGUGGAUUUGAUAGUCACUAUGGUUACUUCCUUGGACACCAAGAUUAUUACACACACAAUGCAUUAUGGAAUAAUCAAUGGGGUUUUGAUUUGCGUCACAAUAUGGAUCUACAGAGGUCAACUUUUGGGGAAUAUGGACCUGAGUUAUUUACAACACAAGCUGAAAAAUUGAUAUAUGAUCAUGAUCACAAAAAGCCUUUAUUUUUAUAUUUUGCACAUCAAGCAGUGCAUUAUGGGAAUUCAGGACCUAAUGGUACUUUGCUUGAAGCGCCAUAUAAGUAUACAAGUCGUUUUCCACACAUUGCUGAUCACCAGAGACGCAUUUAUGCAGGAAUGGUUUCUGCAUUGGAUGAUUCCGUCGGUAACAUCACAAGAGCGUUAAAAAAGUCUGGACUCUACAACAAUUCUAUCAUUGUCUUCAGUACUGACAAUGGUGGUCCUCAUGAGUGUGAGGCAUUCAAUACCCCUUUACGGGGCACAAAAAACACUCUCUGGGAAGGCGGUAUCCGUGGAGCCGCCUUCAUUCAUAGCGUUCUCCUGGAAAAACCUAAGCGAGUCUGUGAGGGAAUGAUGCAUGUGGUUGACUGGUUGCCAACAAUGUAUCACGUUGCUGGGGGCAAUCUGUCUGAUUUGCAUAACUUGGAUGGAUUCAAUAUGUGGGACACUUUAUCAAGUGGUGUAUCAUCUCCAAGGACUGAAAUACUACACAACAUAGACCCGAUUACCCAGACUGCUGCCCUCCGUGUUGGCAAUUUAAAAGUGAUUGUUGGGGAAAAUAAGAGUGAUUGGUUUGUCCCCCCUCAAAUUACAUUUGGUAAGAAUGGAACAAACCUGACAAAACAAUUUGGCUCUGAUCAUCGUGGAAUUAUUGUUCACUGUUCAUCUGUACCCCCUGUCGCUUAUAAAAACUGUGAUCCAAAGCAGAAACCAUGUCUCUAUAACAUCAAGAAUGAUCCAUGUGAAUAUUACAACCUUGCUGAUGAAUAUCCGGAUGUUCUGCAAAGUCUUCUCUAUAAACUAAAUGAUUACAAUUCUACCUCUGUGACCCCAUGGGUUAUACCACCAGAUCCACGCAGUAAUCCAAGUCUACAUAAUGAUACCUGGUCACCAUGGAUAGAUCUGGCUGAUAUUGCACCUGAUUUUGAAUAUCGCUAACUCAAAUAAACAUACUCCAGAACAUUACAAAAUUAUUAUUCUUUACCUAAUAAUAAUUUUUACAUAAUAUACAAAAUA